AGUUGUAUUAUCAAAUAAUGAUUUGAAUAUAUUAAGUAAAGAUGUAAAUUUUAUAGCAAAAUCAUUUUCUAUGUCUUCAUUUCCGGCAAGAACUCAUAAUUGUGGUGAAUUACGAUUACAUAAUGUUGGUGAACGUGUGGUAUUAUGUGGAUGGGCCCAAAAAUUACGUACCAUAUCUGCGGAUUUAUAUUUUCUUCCAUUACGAGAUUCUUAUGGAACAAUUCAACUUGUUUAUCGAUCUUCUAGCGAUCCAGAAAAAAGUCGCGUGCUUAAAGAUGAAUUAUCAAAUUUGUCACCUGAAAGUGUCAUAUGUAUAGAAGGUAUUGUGAUGAAAAGACCUGUUGAAACAAUUAACAAAAAUUCAAUGACAGGUGAAAUUGAAGUAGAAUUGGAUAAAGUAUAUUGUCUUAAUCCCGCAAAUAAGUUGCCUUUUGUACCAAAUGAUAAAAAUAUUGCAAGAUUUGUGGAAAUAGAAACUCCAUCAUUGUUUAAGUCUACAUCCGAAGGUGCGCGAGAAUUUAUUGUACCAACUCGAACAAAAAAUUUAUUCUAUACAUUAUCUCAGAGUCCACAACAAUAUAAACAAUUACUUAUGGUUGGAGGGAUUGAUAAAUAUUUUCAAAUUGCGAAAUGCUUUCGAGAUGAAGAUUUAAGAUCCGAUCGGCAACCGGAAUUCACUCAAAUUGAUCUCGAAAUGUCAUUUUCUUCAAUAACUAAUAUAACGUCUCUGACAGAAAGAUUAAUUAUGCAAGUUUGGAAACAGGUCCUUGGAAUUGAUUUAAAUGAUAAAUUACCUUUUCCUAGAAUGAGUUACGAAAAUGCCAUGAACAAAUAUGGAUGUAAUAAACCUGAUACACGAUACGAUAUGGAGAUUAAAGAUCUCUCCAAAUUUGUACCUGGCCUGCCUGAACUUUCUGAACAUAUUAUUGAAGGUUUAGUAAUUAAGAAUGGAGGAAUAUUAACAGGAGACGAAAUUAGAUCUUUAAAAACUUUGAAUCAUGGGCUAACAGAAAGAAUUAUAACAGACUCUAAACCAGACUUUAUUAGGAUUACACCCGACAAUAUUAGUUCAUGGUUGUUAAAAUCUACUAUAACACAUCACGCUUCUCACGCUUCUCAUAUGCAAAAAGCAGCAACAGAUGAGCUCGGAGUGGAGGUUGGAGACUUGAUGGUUAUUAAUAGGAGAAAAAGGAUCGUAGAUGGAAAUUGGACAUUUCUAGGGCGUUUGCGUUCAAACGCAGCAGCGAUUUUAGAAAAAAAGGGUUUUUUAAAAAUUCCAUCAUCUAAAUACAAUUUCCUGUGGAUUGAUUCAUUUCCGUUAUUUACACGAGACAAAGAAAAUAAUGAUAUGUUAAUUUCAACACAUCAUCCAUUCACUGCGCCUGUUUUAGAUGAUUUGAAGUUACUUUUGACUGAGCCAGAAAAGGUCCGAGGACAACAUUAUGAUUUGGUUAUAAAUGGAGUAGAAAUUGGUGGCGGUUCAAUUCGAAUUCAUUCGCCUUUGUUACAAAAUAUCAUAUUGGAUGAUAUUCUAAAGAUGAGUCGAGCCAAAAAAUCAGAAUUCGAUCAUUUAAUUAAUGCACUUGGAUAUGGAUGCCCACCACAUGGUGGGAUUGCGUUGGGAUUAGAUAGGAUUAUGUCUGUAAUAUGCAAUACUAGCUCCAUUCGUGAAGUAAUGGCAUUCCCAAAAAUUGCUUCAGGAGCUGAUUUGAGUGUAUCAAGUCCUAGUGAAAUUUCCAAAGAAAAAAUAAGAGAAUACAAAAUCGAUGUCCUUGAUGAGAAGGAUACUGACGAGAAGAAUAUUGACAAGAAGGAUAUUGAUGAGAAGAAGGAUAUUGAUAAAGAGAUUAUUGGAUAUAUUCCAAUUGAAAGAAGGCUGCCAAUUAUGAAUUUGAAAGAUGUAAUAUAUACUAAAGUUGAAAUGUGUUGA